AUGCGGAACAGAUGGGUCUCGGAUGCCCCAUUCACGCUCCACAGAACAAACAUAUCCGAAUGCACCAGCUACGUUUAUCUGGAUCGGGAAUUGAACAUGAUGAACGAUCUGACCCCCGAGCUGGGCAUGAGAAGACGAGCGGCUUGGAGAGCGUACAAGAGCAUCGAGGAUGUAGUGAAAAAGACCAGGAACACCCGGCUCCGUGCUCACCUCUUCAACACCACCGUACUUCCUGCUUUGACUUAUGCUUCGGAAACCUGGGCAUUUCGCAAGCAGGAAGAAAACGCGAUGAGCGUCAUUGAACGUACAGUUGUGAAAGUGAUGCUAGGAGUAUCCCGUUUCACGCAAGUGAGGGACGGGAUUCGAAGUUUUCUCCUACGUCAGCGAUCGAAGAUUAUAGAUGCAGUCGCGUUUAUCAAGGAAAGUAAAAUAAGGUGGGCCGGACACGUGGUGCGCUUUACCGACAACCGUUGGACCAGAGCCUUGAGCGACUAUGUUCCCCGCGAUAUUAAGCGCACUACAGGAAGACCGCCGACCCGAUGGUCAGAUUUCUUCACGAAGUCCUUCAAAGAAAAGUAUGAUGCUCUUCGUGUUCCACGCGAAAGGAGGAACCAUUGGGCUACUCUGGCACGCGAUCGAGACAAAUGGAAGAAUUACUGGCGUCCGCUCGACCAGUUCGAAGAUCAACGGGAGUCAAGGUGA